GAAAAGCUGAUGUUAGUGGCAUUUUUGUCUCUCUCCACUGCCAUGGUUCUCUUCAUCAGACCCAACAGCUCCGUUCCCUGCACCCCCACUACCGCCGCCGACAACAACCACUUCGUAGACCAAGACAAUCAGAUUCGCUCCUCUCUCCAACUCGGAAACGCUCCCUCUCCCCUUGAUUUCAUGAAGUCCAAGCUCGUUCUCAUGGUUUCCCACGAGCUCUCUCUUUCAGGUGGUCCUUUGUUACUGAUGGAGUUGGCUUUUCUGCUGAGGGGAGUUGGUGCUGAUGUUGUUUGGAUCACAAAUCAGAAGCCUCCAGAACCUGACCAAGUCAUUUACAGUUUGGAGAGCAAGAUGUUGGACAGAGGAGUUCAGGUUCUGCCUGCAAAAGGUGAAAAGGCUGUGGAUACAGCUAUUAAGGCUGAUCUAGUCAUUCUUAACACUGCUGUAGCCGGCAAGUGGCUUGAUGCCGUUCUCAAGGAGAAAGUUUCCCUUGUUCUUCCAAAGGUUUUAUGGUGGAUUCAUGAAAUGCGAGGGCAUUAUUUCAAAGUGGAAUAUGUUAAGCACCUCCCUUUUGUUGCAGGUGCCAUGAUUGAUUCUCAUACUACUGCUGACUACUGGAAGAAUAGGACCAGGGAACGUUUAGGCAUUAAAAUGCCUGAAACUUACGUCGUACAUCUUGGAAAUAGCAAGGAGCUUAUGGAUGUUGCAGAAGAUAGUGUAGCAAAGAGGGUUCUUCGCGAGCAUGUUCGAGAAUCUCUUGGAGUGAGAAAUGAUGAUCUACUUUUUGCCAUCAUAAAUAGUGUUUCACGUGGUAAAGGACAGGAUCUAUUUCUCCGAUCCUUUUAUGAAAGUUUGCAACUCAUACAGGAGAAGAAACUGCAGGUGCCAACUUUGCAUGCUGUAGUUGUGGGUAGUGAUAUGAACGCUCAGACAAAGUUUGAAACUGAGCUGCGCAAAUUUGUUGCGGAGAAAAGGAUUCAGGACCGUGUUCACUUUGUUAACAAAACCCUGGCAGUGGCUCCUUACUUGGCUUCGAUUGAUGUUCUUGUUCAAAAUUCUCAGGCACGAGGAGAAUGUUUUGGAAGGAUAACCAUUGAAGCAAUGGCAUUUCGCCUGCCUGUACUGGGAACUGCAGCGGGAGGGACAAUGGAGAUUGUGGUGAAUGGGACAACCGGUUUCCUACACCCUGUUGGAAAAGAAGGCGUGACCCCUCUUGCAAAUAACAUUGUGAAAAUGGCAACUCAUGUUGAGAAGAGGUUGACUAUGGGGAAGAAAGGGUAUGAGAGAGUGAAGGAGAGGUUUCUGGAGCACCAUAUGGCACAGAGAAUUGCACUGGUUCUUAAGGAUGUUUUGCAGAAGGCGGCCAUGCAGAAUUAAAUUAACUAGCUUAGGCACUUUGCUGUUAAAUUGUAAAUUGAUUCCACAGGAAGAAGAGAAUGAAGUGUAUACCUUCCCCUGUACUUUGUACCAUAUGUCUUGGGAAAUUGUUUGAUUCAUUUCUUGUGUAUAGCUCUGUCAUAUCAUUCAUUUCCUCACUUUUCACUCUUCUUGCCUUGCUGCUUGGUGAUCAGUGAAUUUUAGAAAAGUAAGUGAUGUGUUAAAAACUCGUGCUAAGUGAUUUAGUGAUGUGUUAAAAUGAGGUAUUUCUUGCCCUUCU